CAAGUAUAUCAUCAUUAUUAAAAUUUAUUUUUGUAAGUCUAAAACCGAGUACAUAUUGAUAAUCUCUGAACAACCACUUUAAAUUUGGUGGGUAUGUUUUGGUUACCCCAACUGUUUUAGGCGAGGUUUUUGUUAUGCCAACAGCAGCUGUUUAAAUUCAUAUGUCCAUUUAAUCGUUUAUAGUUAAAUAUUAAGAGAAUUUUUUUUCUAGCAACAUUUCACUGACCCCUGCAGUAUUAUCUAAUUACAGGUUAUGUUUAUAAACUAACUGACAAUACAUCAUCCCCCAUUUUCUCCUGAUUAACUAAAAAUGAAUGUAAUUUCAAGAACUUGUUUACUACGAUCAAUGAAUUCGUCUCAAGAAGUAAUUUUGCCACAUGGUGUUACAGUGUUUCUGGGACGACAAAAAGAAUUAGGCAUAGAUGAUGUGUUAAUAUCUAAAAAACAGAUGGAAUGUAAAGCAGAUUGCGAAAAUUGUCACGUAGCCGUUAAACCUGUAGGUGCAAAUAUAUCAGGUUGCAAUGGUUUUGCACUUACAGUCAACAAAACCUACACAUUUAAAGAUGGUGAUAUUAUAGAAUUACGAUUGGCCCAUAAUAAAUUUAAAAUUAUAUUUGAUCCUCCACCAGAUAAAGAAAAAAAUAAAGAGAUAGUUGAUCAUGUACCAGAUAAGGAAACUCAUGAACCAGAAGCUAAAAAAAUGAAAUAUGACUUUAAAAUGUUUAACAAACCAGGCAUAAAACAACAACCACAAGGUAGCAGUGAUACUCCUUCAAAUGGACAAUGGGAAGACGUUGAUGGAAAAGACUUACUCAUCUACACUGCUCGGGACUGUAUAUCAAGGGAUGCCAUAGCAGGUUUUGAUAUUGAUGGGACUAUAAUUAAGACAAAGUCAGGGGCCAGAUUUCCCAAGGAUAUUAAUGACUGGACUUUUCUCUAUUCAUUCAUUGUAAAAAAGCUGAAUGAUUUAUAUAAUGAAAAUCACAAAGUCGUAUUUUUCACAAAUCAAGCAGGACUUGGCAAAGACUCCUACAAAAUCAAAAAAUUCAAGAAGAAAAUUGAAGACAUAGUUGCUGCUGUAGGCAUCCCAAUUCAAGUAUUUAUUGCAACUGGUAAAACUAAAUACAGAAAACCCAUUCCUGGGAUGUGGAACGUUUUGAAAGAUAACAAAAAUGACAAUGUUCCUAUAGACUUGGAAAAGUGUUUUUAUGUGGGAGAUGCAGCUGGAAGACCUAAGGAAUGGGCACCAAGGAAGAAAAAGGAUCAUUCAUGUGCAGACAGGUUAUUUGCCAUUAAUAUUGGAAUACCAUUUUUCACACCUGAGGAAUACUUCUUAAAGAACCAGCCUGCUAAAUACACAAAACCAGAAUUUAAUCCUACUGCACUGGGAGGCUUAUCUUAUCCAGACCUUUCAUACCCUAAACAUAAUGUGAUUCUGAUGGUAGGGGGGCCUGGUUCUGGUAAGAGUCACUUUUGUAAUUGUGUCCUGAUUCCUAAGGGUUAUGUACAUGUAAGUCGUGAUAUUUUGGGAUCAAGACAAAAAUGUCAGGCAGUUAUGGAGGAGAACUUAAUUAUUAAGAAAAAUGUUGUGAUUGAUAAUACUAAUCCAGAUAAAAAAUCAAGACAAGCAUUUAUAGAAGUUGCAAAAAAAUAUAAUGUGGAUGUAAGAUGUUUUGUUAUGUCCACAAACUUAAACCAUUCCAAGCAUAAUAAUAAAUUUAGAGAGCUGACUGACAAAAAACAUGACUUUAUUAGCGAAAUUUUGAUUAAUAAAUACAAAAAAGAUUAUCAAGACCCAGAUAUAUCUGAAGGAUUAGCACAGAUUAUUAAAAUUCCAUUUGUACCCCACUUUAUUAAUCCAGAACAUGAAAGAAUGUAUACAAUGUAUUUGCUAGAAUCUUAAGUAGUUGUUGUAAUUAUAUGUUCGAAUAUAGAUACAUUUUGGAUCUUCAUUUACAUUAUGUCAAUCGUAUAAAUAAAUGUUUAUCCGUAAA